AUGACGAAAGAUCGUCUACUGAGAAAGCUGGAGUACCGCCCUGAGUUCAGCCAGCUGCUGAGAAACAACCUCGCAACGCUUCGGCCACCUCACAGUGUCGCUUUUCGCUACAUCAGUGACGAAUUGGAAAGGUCAGACGAAGCGCACGCAUGGGUGAACGCACCACGAUCGUUAAUUCUGGUGGUCAACAGUGGCCAAAAACCACUUCAACCAAAUGAAGCCUCCGAAACAGUGGAAUUUUCAGCCAGGAUGCUGGAUCACUGCUCACACAAUAUGAAGGACGCCGUCGUCCUCAAUUGGUGCUGCACAAUGUCGUAUGGCAAGGACAACGGCCUGCGAAUGGUCAGCCAUCUGAUCGGCCAAGCGCUCUCACACCCGCUGGCCGACUUCGCCUACUUGGACAUCUCACUUAACACCGGUCGGCUCGUGCUCGACUUCACGCAGCGGCUCGCGAUCCUCGAUCAAGCGUUGUCCGGGCUGCUCAAACGUGCCCCUGUUGUCGUGGUGAUUGACUCCGUCGACGUCUACGAAGGGCCGGGCAAGGAGAAUAUGUACGUGGGUGCUGCGUUGACAAGACUUGAGGAGAUGGCGGAGUGGGCGUAUGAGCGCGGGAAAUUCCCGCUUAAGAUUAUGAUCACAUCGACGGCGGUGUUUAAGCCUUUGGGUAAGGUCGUGGGUAUCACGCGAAUGUUGAACGUGCCGCCGGAGGUGGUUUAG